CACCGCCCCUCCCUCAGACAUGCCUGUUGUGGUCCCGCAUUUUUGUUACUCGUCUCUGUUUAUAUUUAUGAAAAACGGGACGUUUUAGACGAAGUGAGUUCCCGGCGUUGAGCCAAACAAACGGAGGAACAUCACCGGCGUCAGCCCCGUUCACUGGACUCUCUUGAAGGUCUGAAGAGAUGUCGUCCGUGUGGCAGCAGGAGCCGUCGGGUUACUCCCCCUGCGUAGAGAUCGACUCCAGCUCCGUGAGGACCAAGGACAGGCUCAGCUCUCCGGCCUGGCUGAAGCAGGAGCAGGAUGACCUCCGCAUCAUCAAGUGGGAGAAUUUUCAGUCAGGAGCCUCGACAGACGCCGUCCAGGACAACACACCCAGCAGCGCCAUGUCAGCUGCCUCACAUGUAGAAAGCCUGCCCCCAAGGGUGCUGCUGACUAUCACCAAGCUGCAGUGCAUGCUGGAGAGCAAACAGGAGCGCAUUGCUGCGCUGGAGAGACAGGUGGAGGACCUGAUGCAGGACCGCAAGUUCCUGAGGAGCCAGAUCGAAAACCUCACAAGCAACCGUUCCAUGCCGACGUUCGCUUCGCCCAGUCCAGUGACGGAAGCCAGUAAACCCAGCAAAGUGCAGCACUCAGAAAACAAAUCUCGCAAGAGAGAAAGAGCUUCCUCCAGUUCGUCCGACACCAGCGACAGCGGCUCUGAAGCGUCCGACUCAUCCGAAGUGUCCGCGGCCUCGAGUGAACACAAAAGGCGGAAACACCACAAGGACAAGAAACGGUCAAAGAAAGGGAAGGACUACAGCAGAAAGAGAGCCACAGGUGUCCAGUACGUCAUCCACCGCUACAAACAGGUCCUGACCGCCUUCAUCAAGAAGAAGAGCAUGAGCGAGGCCUUCCGCCACCUGGGAAUCGACCGCAACACCAUCGCGAACACGGCGUCGAUCGCCGAGCUGCACCUGGCCGGCAAAGACAUGGUCCCCUUGGUGGGCAUGUUUCGCCAGGGAGAAGAGACUCUGGUCAGCUACGCCCAAAGGUGCACCUUGGUCAUCGACAGCGACGCCGACCUGUCCAGGAGGAUAGACGAGAUGAAAGCCAACGGCGAGCUUCUGCCCAUCUCAGGGAAAAGGCCGAGGGUGUUACAUUCUCACCUCCAGCAGCUGGGGGGUGCUACAGAAAGCAUUUUAAUAGGUUGAUGAUUAUUUAAUUUCCUGAAACAUUACGGGCCUUCACAAAAUAAUGUUCUUUUGUUUGUUUGUUUUCCCUCAGUCUGAACUGCUGGAUUUAAAUGUUUUAUGUCUUAUUGUUGCAUAUCUUGAAGUUGCUUUAUGUCUCAAGGGGACCAGAAAGUUGGAUUAUUUUCAGUAUAUCAAUAUGCAUUUUAGCAGUUACACAUUUAGGAUGUAUAUUUUGUACUUGAUAGCCAUAGAAAUUUAUUUACAGCUGCUUUAAAUAUUGGAAAUAAUGGAUCUUUUUUAUUAUUAUUUAAAAGAUGUGUGUGUAGU